AUGGAUCGGCACUCGUUCCCUUUGCUAUCUUCAUUUCUUCUCCUAAUGCUUGCAAUGAAGGCUCUCAGAGGCCAUGCGGAGACCACAGAGCCCAACCAAAGACCUUAUAUCGUGUAUAUGGGAGAAAAGCCAAGAGAAUUCGUUGGCCUGCCACAAUUAGCACAUUUAGAACUGCUCCAGAAAGCUAUUGGAUUAAGCAACCAAGAAGCGUCGAACAGACAUAUAUAUAGUUAUACCAAGAGUUUUCAUGGCUUUGCCGCUAUGCUGUCAGAUGAAGAAGCAAGGAAGUUAUCCGGAAUGGAAGGAUUGGUUUCUGUGUUCCCAAGCAAGCAAAGACAACUUCACACCACAAGAUCAUGGAACUUCAUGGGUUUUCCAUUGAGCGUUCCACGUGCAUCCUUUGAGUCUGAUGUUAUUAUCGGCAUGAUCGACACAGGGAUCUGGCCUGAGUCAAAGAGCUUCGACGAUGCCGGUUUUGGCCUUCCACCAAGUAGGUGGAAGGGUAUAUGUCAGUCUAAUCAGAACUUCACAUGCAAUAAUAAGAUUAUUGGAGCUCGGUACUACCACCUUCAAGGUAACAUACAUGAAAUGGACAUACCCUCCCCUCGGGAUAGUGAUGGACAUGGAACUCACACAUCCUCCAUAGCUGUCGGCCGCCUUAUCACAAAUAUGAGCCUCACAGGAAUUGCAAAUGGAACUGCCCGUGGAGGCGUCCCCUCUGCGAGAAUCGCAAUAUAUAAA